AUUUUAUACACCACGAGAGUUAUGGGCCGGUGAGUGUUUGGCACGUGUUGUAAAUGAGUGACUGAAAAAAAAGAUCAAAUUAAAUUUCAUUAUACAAAAUUAUCUCAUAUGACCCUAUAAAUAGUGAACGUUUUCAUAGUAGCUAGCAAACCAAGAACACUAUUUCUCUCAUUUAACAAAUUCAAAAAACUUAGCAAAGAUGUUUUCAGGGGUGGCAGGUAUGAUCAAUAGGGGCCAAAAAUUGAAGGGAACUGUGGUGUUGAUGCAAAAAAAUGUGUUGGAUAUCAAUGAACUCACUGCAGUUAAAAGUGAUCCAGUUGGUAUAAUUGGUGGUGUCUUUGGUGCCGUUGGUGGUGCUGUUGGUACUGUUGUUGAUACUGCUACUUCCUUCUUAGGUCGUAAUGUGGCUCUUAAAUUGAUUAGUGCUACAGUUGCUGAUGGAAGUGGAAAAGGGAAAGUGGGAAAACAAACAUUUUUGGAAGGUCUUCUUUCCUCCAUACCAACAUUGGGAGACAAACAAUCUGCUUAUGAUAUUCAUUUUGAAUGGAAUACUGACAUGGGAAUUCCUGGAGCAUUUUAUAUAGAAAAUUUCUUGCAACAUGAGUUCUACCUAGUGAGUUUGACCCUUGAAGAUGUUCCAAACCAUGGAUCCAUCCACUUUGUUUGCAACUCAUGGAUUUACAAUGAUAAAAAAUAUAAAAGUGACCGCAUCUUUUUUGCUAACAAGACAUAUCUUCCGAGUGAAAUACCGGCUCCAUUAGCCUACUACGUAGAAGAAGAAUUGAAGACUUUAAGAGGAGAUGGAAAAGGAGAGCGCAAAGAAUGGGAAAGAGUCUAUGAUUAUGAUGUCUACAAUGAUUUGGGUGAUCCUGACUCAAAAGCUGCCUUGGCUCGUCCUGUUCUUGGAGGAUCAAGCACCUUGCCUUAUCCUCGAAGAGGCAGAACAGGCCGAAAAGCAACUAAAAAAGAUCCUAAGAGUGAGAGUCGGAGCGGCUUUGUUUACCUUCCAAGAGAUGAAUCAUUUGGUCACACGAAGUCGUCAGACUUUCUUGUUUACAUACUCAAAUCUGCAUCUCAGAAUAUCGUACCUCGAUUACGUUCUGUGGUUACAGGACAAUUCAAUCAGCCAGAAUUUAACACCUUUGCAGAUGUGCGUUCGCUCUAUGAUGGUGGAAUUAAAGUACCAACCAAUUUUCUUAGUGAUAUCGCCCCAAUACCAUUGUUCAAGGAACUUUUUCGAUCUGAUGGUGAAUCGGCCCUUAAAUUUGUACCACCUAAAGUGGUCCAAGUCGAUCAUUCGGCAUGGAUGACUGAUGAGGAAUUUGCAAGGGAGAUGAUUGCUGGUGUGAAUCCACACAUCAUCAAAAAACUUGAGGAGUUCCCACCAAAGAGCAAGUUAGAUAGCCAACUAUAUGGUGAUAACACCAGUACCAUAACCAAAGAACAAUUGGAGCCAAACUUGGGUGGAGUCACUGUAGAACAGGCUCUCCAAAACAACAAACUGUACAUCCUUGAUCACCAUGACAUAUUAUUUCCAUAUUUGAAAAAAAUAAAUGCAACUGAGACAAAGGCCUAUGCUACUAGAACCAUCCUUUUCUUGCAAAAUGAUGGAACUUUGAAGCCAUUGGCAAUUGAACUAAGUAAGCCGCAAGAUGGUAGUAAUGGCCCUGUUAGUGAAGUUUACUUGCCUGCAAGUGAAGGUGUCGAGGCUCGUAUUUGGCUACUUGCUAAAGCUUAUGUAGUUGUAAAUGAUUCCUGCUAUCACCAACUUGUUAGCCAUUGGUUGAAUACUCAUGCUGUUGUUGAGCCAUUCAUCAUAGCAACUAAUAGGCAUCUUAGUGUGGUUCACCCUAUUCACAAACUUUUGCUUCCACAUUACCGCGACACAAUGAACAUAAAUUCACUUGCAAGGAAUGUCCUAGUCAAUGCUGAGGGUAUUAUAGAAUCAACAUUCUUGUGGGGAGGAUAUUCUUUGGAAAUGUCUGCUGUUUCAUAUAGGGAUUGGGUUUUCCCUGAUCAAGGACUACCUAAUGACCUACUCAAAAGAGGAGUGGCUGUUGAGGAUCCAGCUUCACCACACGGCAUUCGUCUUUUGAUAGAGGAUUAUCCUUAUGCUUCUGAUGGACUAGAGAUAUGGGCUGCUAUCAAGUCAUGGGUUACAGAAUAUGUGAAUUUCUACUACAAAUCAGAUGCUGCUAUUACACAAGAUGCUGAACUCCAAGCAUUCUGGAAAGAACUUGUAGAGGUGGGACAUGGUGAUUUGAAGAAUGCUACAUGGUGGUUUAAGAUGCAAACUCGUGCGGAGUUGAUUGAAGCUAGCACCAUCCUCAUAUGGAUUGCUUCAGCACUUCACGCAGCUGUUAAUUUUGGACAGUAUCCUUAUGGAGGAUACAUCCUUAACCGACCCACUAAGAGCAGGAGAUUCAUGCCUGUGAAAGGAUCCCCCGAGUAUGAUGAGCUUGCUAAGGACUACGAGAAGGCAUAUUUGAGGACAAUCACGCCAAAGAACGAUACCCUUGUUGACCUUACCAUUAUAGAGGUUUUGUCAAGGCAUGCUUCUGAUGAGCAAUACCUCGGACAAAGAAUCGAAGGUGAUCUUUGGACUUCAGAUGCCGCACCAGUAGAGGCCUACAAGAAGUUUGGAAGGAAAUUGGCUGAAAUUGAGGAAAAGCUCGUUCAAAGGAACAAUGACGAGUCAUUGAGAAACAGGUAUGGGCCUGUGAAGUUGCCAUACACUCUCCUUUAUCCUUCUAGUGAAGAAGGAUUGACUUUCAGAGGCAUUCCUAACAGUGUCUCCAUCUAAAAAGUGUCCUGCAAUGUUGUUGUGUUGUUUGUUGCUUUGAAUAAGAGAUGAUAAGAAGGAUUGUCAUGUUUUUAUGUAUGUUUGUGUAAUUUUUAUAAUGUCUUUCAUCAAUAAAAGCUGCUAUGUUUGUACCUUAUA